UCAUGUUUAAAACUGAGGGCCCUACCUUAAUCCAAAAAGAUAUCAACGGUUGGAUUAGUUCCACUCAGAUCGAAGUGAAGCCGAAAAGAAAAAAAACAUGCCACUCUCUCUGCAAUCUCCGCCUUCUGCAGCAACUCUCUCUGCUUCGAUCCAAAAGGGACGAUGGAAGACUGUCGCAUCCGGAUUCUCCCUCGGUUCUCCUCCCGCCGUUAACUUCAGUACUAUCCGGCGAUCGAUUCCCCGAAUUCAUGCUUCGGCUAGCUCCUCCUCCUCUUCCUCUCCAUCUUAUCCAUCUCUCGGAGCUGGGGAGAGCAAUGAGCUAGAUGCUGUAUCAGCUUUUAGCGAGAUUGUUCCUGAUACAGUCGUUUUCGAUGACUUUGAGAGGUUCCCGCCAACUGCAGCUACUGUUAGCUCUGCUCUCCUCCUUGGCAUCUGCGGUCUCCCUGACACAAUCUUCCGGAAUGCUGUGGACAUGGCUUUGGCGGACUCUACCUGUGCCGGGCUUGAUACCACUGAGUCCAAACUCUCUUGCUUUUUCGAUAAGGCUAUUGUAAACGUAGGUGGAGAUCUUGUCAAACUCGUUCCAGGUCGUGUAUCAACUGAAGUGGAUGCACGUCUUGCUUAUGACACUAACGCCAUCAUCCGUAAGGUACAUGAUCUGUUGAGACUAUACAAUGAAAUCGAUGUACCUCACGACCGGUUGCUGUUCAAAAUCCCUGCAACCUGGCAAGGUAUUGAAGCUGCAAAGCUGCUGGAAUCCGAGGGAAUUCAAACCCACUUGACCUUCGUUUACAGCUUUGCUCAAGCUGCAGCAGCCGCUCAAGCCGGUGCCUCUGUCAUUCAGAUUUUCGUCGGUCGCCUCAGGGAUUGGGCGCGUAAUCAUUCAGGAGAUGCAGAGAUUGAAACUGCUGUUAAAUCCGGGGAAGAUCCAGGUUUGGCCUUGGUCAGAAGAUCGUAUAACUACAUUCACAAGUACGGUUACAAGUCCAAGCUGAUGGCUGCUGCUGUCAGAAACAAACAAGACUUGUUCAGUCUUCUCGGGGUUGAUUAUGUGAUUGCACCUUUGAAGGUACUGCAAUCUCUCAAAGACUCACCAGCUAUUCCUGACGAUGAGAAAUACUCUUUUGUUCGGAAACUUUCUCCUGAGACCGCGACGCACUACAACUUCACCAACAAAGAGCUGAUCAAAUGGGACCAGCUGAGCUUGGCUUCAGCUAUGGGUCCUGCAUCAGUGGAGCUUUUAUCAGCUGGUGUGGAAGGUUAUGCGAACCAAGCGAAACGUGUUGAAGAGUUCUUUGGGAAGAUUUGGCCACCUCCAAAUGUCUAAAAACGAAGCUUUGAUCUUCUUCUCUACGGAUCUUAAAUCAAUAAGAGAGAGAGAGAGAGCUAGACUCCAUGCUACUUAACCUCUUUGUUUGCGUUAUUUCGUUUUCCUGUGCCUUGUUAAUCACGGUUCCUGGUCUGAAACUUGAGCCACAAGAUAAAGAGACCAAUAAAGCUGAAGUAAAAUCAAUCAAUUAUCAUGUUGUUUGUUCUGAAAA